GAAUGAACUGUAUGUAUAUCAAUAUUCUAAAGUUGAUAUGAUGAAUAUUGAUACUAUUAUCUAUAAAGUUACCUCAUGAAUGGCUACUUUGUAACCGACUGUCCCAACGACUUCUCUUGGGUGGAUUCUUCUUCUCCUCACCGGACACUCCGUAACCUAGCAACGCGGGAGCAAGUGGAACCAAGAUGUUCCUCCGUGGAACAACGCUUUGCCGAUUGAAAUGGGGCCGCAUGAAGCAGCAGUGGUGACUGGGGAAAACAUUCUCUACCCUUCCUUAAUCAGUUCUCAGAAAAUACAUGUAAUAGUUUAAGGUAAAAAGGAAAGAAGCAGUAACCAUGGGAAGAUGCUUGCUUAUUAUUAGCUAGGUUUAUUUGUCAGCUAAUGAAUGAGUCAAUAUUCGAUUAUAAGCAAUUUCAUGCUAGUGUUGCGUUGGACUUAGUUUGGACGAGACAUUUUGUGCAUGUGCCCGUUGCCAGCCCCUGUACUUAUUUAGCACAUCUGAUAUCAUGGAUUGUAUAACCUUGGGUCGAGAAUCUAAUGACCAGCAGCUGACCUGUGACCCCGAGGAAGAUGUGGGGAUGCACACCUUCAACCACACCCAUAUGAGAAAGGCAUUUCAGCUGAUGAAUGACAUGAGGAGUAAGAAUAUGCUGUGCGACGUUCUGUUGGUGGCAGGAAAUGUAGAGGUGACAGCUCACAAGUUGGUGCUAGCCUCCUGCAGCCCCUACUUCUGUGCCAUGUUCACAGGGGACAUGAGUGAGAGCAAAGCCCAGCAGGUGGAGAUCAGGGAUGUGGAUGGCCAAACACUAAAAAAACUGGUGGACUAUAUCUAUACAGCUAUGAUUGAAGUAACGGAGGACAACGUUCAGGUGCUCCUGCCUGCAGCCAGCCUCCUGCAGCUGAUGGACGUGAGGCAGGUGUGCUGCGAGUUCCUGCAGAGCCAGCUGCACCCCACCAACUGUCUGGGCAUUCAAGCCUUCGCCGACCUCCACACCUGCACACAGCUCCUCAACCAGUCCCAUGCCUACUCUGAGCAGCAUUUUUCCGAGGUGAUGCUGGGAGAGGAGUUCAUGGGCCUGUCUCUGCAGCAUGUGUGCGGUCUCAUAUCCAGCGACAAACUCACCGUGUCCACAGAGGAGAAGGUAUUUGAGGCCAUUGUUGCAUGGAUAAAGCACGACAAGGAGGCUCGUCUGGAGCACAUGCCAAAGCUGAUGGAGCACGUUCGUCUGCCAUUACUGUCCAGAGAUUACCUAGUACAGAUAGUGGAGAAGGAGGCCUUGAUCAAGAACAACAACUCCUGUAAGGACUUCCUGAUCGAGGCCAUGAAGUACCACCUCCUACCCGCUGACCAGCGCCACCUCAUCAAGACCGACCGGACACGCCCACGCACGCCUAUCAGCAUGCCCAAGGUGAUGAUAGUGGUGGGUGGGCAGGCUCCUAAGGCCAUCCGUAGUGUGGAGUGCUAUGACUUCCAGGAGGACCGCUGGUACCAGGUGGCUGACCUGCCGUCCAGACGCUGUCGAGCAGGUGUGGUGUUCAUGGCAGGGAGGGUGUACGCUGUGGGAGGCUUCAACGGCUCGUUGCGGGUCAGGACGGUGGACAUGUACGACGGGAUGAGAGACCAGUGGACCACAGUUCCCAGCAUGCAAGAGCGGCGCAGCACUCUGGGGGCAGCCAUGCUGGGGGACCUGCUCUAUGCUGUGGGGGGCUUCGACGGGAGCACAGGCCUGUCAUCAGUGGAGACCUACAGCUAUAAGACCAAUGAGUGGAUGUUUGUUGCUAUAAGACCAAUGACUUCUCCUCAGUGUCGCAGUAGUGUCGGAGUGGGAGUGGCUUCUCCUCAUGGGUGUGUGUUGUGUUGUACAGGCAAGCUGUAUGCAGUGGGUGGCUACGACGGGGCGUCACGGCAGUGUCUCAGCACGGUGGAGGAGUACAACCCAGUCACUAACCAGUGGGGCUACAUGGCUGACAUGAGCACCAGACGCAGCGGAGCAGGUGUUGGGGUGCUAAGUGGGCAGCUGUAUGCAGCAGGGGGUCAUGAUGGGCCCCUGGUGAGGAAGAGUGUGGAGGUGUACGACCCACCUAGUAACACCUGGAGACAGGUGUGUGACAUGAACAUGUGUCGGAGGAACGCUGGUGUGUGUGCUAUAAACGGACUGCUGUAUGUGAUUGGAGGAGACGACGGCUCUUGUAACCUCUCCUCAGUGGAGUAUUACAACCCUGCCACAGACAAGUGGAGCCUCAUACCCACCAACAUGAGAAACGGACGAAGCUAUGCAGGUGUAUCCGUUAUAGACAAGCCUUUAUGACUAUCAGGCCCUGACGGCAGCAGGACCCCACAGCCACAGGUAGCAAUCAAAGGGAGCCACACAGACGUCUGAUUUCACAGUCAACUCCAUGGAGUAACACUAGCCUGACGGGUGGCUCAGGAGGGAGGGAGACCCCAGCCCGGACAGUGCUCUGCGGAGCUGCAGUCUCAGCCCUGUAACUCUAACUGCUUUCCUUCCAGGCAGAGUGGACUUGAGAGAGACAUUGGCUUCCAUGGUCAAAAUGACCCCAAGACUCAACAAAUCUGCCUGGAUGAGAGUGUCUUAAGACUGGAGGGGUCUGUUUUCCUUCAGCCUCACAGGGGGCCAUUUACAUUAGUAUUAGGAGGGCCUCACUCCCCUCAGACUCCUUACAACUGAUCAGAGGGGGAAAUAAACUGGCCUUGUUUUAAGGGAUGGACUAAAUGAGCUAGGACCAAGAAGAAGGUUGUUGAUUGGCCUGGGAAACUAGACUGCAGUCAGUCUGCGGCGUGGGACUGUGACCGUGCAGACACACAUUGUGCUAAGACGGGCCUCUCAAACCAACAAUGAGCUCUGGCAGUGUUGUAGUACUUGAGUCUGACUCAAGUCCCGAUUUUCAUGACUUGUGAUUCGGACACGCCUUUUGGUGACUUGUAUUUGCACUUGGACUGGAUAGGCUACUAUAAUAAGGAGAAUAUUAGCAGCACUGGGUGCGCAGAGCCUCGAGGGUUCUGUUCUCUAGCAGUGGGAAGGACGUGCCACACACAGCCUACAUCAGCUGGCGAGCUGCGGGGGAGCAAGACCGCAAGGCAGGCGCCGCCUCCAAUCAUUGGCUGCUACACAUCGCACAAGCAACUUUCUUGUUUCCCCAUAACCAUUAGUCACCAGCUUACUAUUUAGCUUUGCCUGGUUAAGAAACACAAACUGGUUUUUGAAAUGUAAAACAGUACUAGUGUUGAGUUUAAUAGUAAACAACAUUGUAGCUAUUUGUCUCUCUCUACCCUGAGGAUAGAGAAGUAAGUUGUCUUUGAAUUUGUCGUCCCGCUCUAGCCGCCCACUUUCCCCCCUGCAUCCCAUCGCCAGGGAUGUAUUCAUUACGGAAACUGUUUACUGUUAAAGAACCAGGGAUGUAUUCAUUACGGAAACCACUUACAGUUUAAGAACCAAACGGAGAAAAGGAAACUGGGAGGGAAGUACCUGAAUUUGUCCAAUAGAAACUCUUGUUUGCGGUUUCCGUUUGGAGUAAAUGAUUUGGAAAAGUUUUGCAACAAAAUCGGUUUAAUGGUUAUACCCCUGGUUCUGACAAGUCUCCCUUUAGUUUUCAUUCUGCAAUAAAAAACCUAAUCAAAUAUCAGUGGGCAGCAGCUGAGAGCCUGACUUAAUUUAUGUAGUAAAUAAGUAGUGAAACAGGUAUAGAGUAGAACUUGUGAGGUAGUGAUGAUUAGUAAGUGAGGUUUAUUUUUUCACGAGGGAGUGGUGAUAAUCAGUCAUUUGGUGGCAACUAGAAACAAUGGCUUAAUAAGACCUAUUAUAAAUUGAUGGACUAGUGACCUGACUCAUGACUCGAACUUGAACUUGACUCGGACUUCAGCCAUAGGGACUCGUGACUUGACUUGGACUCGAGCACAGGGGACUUGGGAUUCGAGGUUUAGUGACUCGACCACUGAUGUAGAAAUGCCCUGAUAAUCAGGUCAGUCUUUCUGUCCUCGAUUGGAGACCUUAUGGACUGCAGGACUGUGGCACUAUGGUCACUACCAAGGUGAAACCAACAGGCUUUCACUGUCUGCAGCCUGAUUGGGCGCUCCCUUUUUAAUAUCACCUGUACUACUGGUCUGAAGAACUCAGCAGGCAGACUGGAGGACCAACCUGGACCAGCAUUUACCAGGAGCCACAUGCCUCAAAUACAAUUUCCAAUUUUAAAUCGAUAUUGUAUUUUUUCACAUAUUUGAAUUGGCUGCAAUGGGGCACCAUGUUGAUGUAGUGUUUUAAAUGCACUGUAAAGACAACUGCAAAGUGAUACCCAAGAUACACUCAGUCUUAACUUGGCGCGCUCUAUGUGCCAUACUGUUUUCAUAAUGUGUCUGGGGGUUUGUUCACAAACCUUGUCUCUCUCUGAAGGAGAAGUGCCAAAUUGAUGCAAAAACAACGUUAGACAAUGAACACCGUGUGUAAGAAUGAAUGCAUUAUCACCUUUUUGUUUUGUAUUAAGCUAAUUUACUGUAACAUGAGCAAAAUACUACUGUACAACUUCUGGAUCAGGGCCAAUAAUUCUGGUUAACCUUAUUUCAAGCUCAGAACAUCUUUUACCAGGGUUGGGUUAAAUUCCAUUUCAAUUAAAUGUUCUCUUUUUGAAUAAUAAUGAAUCUCUUGACUUGAAGUGGAGUUGACCCCUACUGUCUUUGUCUACGCCUAGCCUAAACUGUAAUUUUUUCACUGAGAUUCUGGUAUUUUAAAUGAUUCUAUAUACUGCACAAUCUGUAGGUUUACUAUGGUUAGCCACCCCAGAGCAAUGUUGAAAUAUGCAGGACAUAGGCAACUUGUAUAAUGUUAAGUAUAUUAAAUAUUUGAUCAAGGUCAGUGAAAUAUUUUCUAAGGUUUAUUGUGGAUAUUAAAUGAUAGUACCACCUUUAGAAUUCUCUUGAGCAUCAGUCCUCUGUUCAGGGAGUGGUUCAAUUUGGGUACAUGGUUACGUUGGUUCCAUUUGGGUACAUGGUUACGGUGGUUCCAUUUGGGUACAUGGUUACGGUGGUUCCAUGAGGAUACAUGGUUGUGGUGGUUCUAUUUGGAAAGGUGAUUAUGGUGGUUCCAUUACUGUACAUGGUUACGAUGGUUCCAUGAGGAUACAUGGUUGUGGUGGUUCUAUUUGGAAAGGUGAUUAUGGUGGUUCCAUUACUGUACAUGGUUACGAUGGUUCCAUGAGGAUACAUGGUUGUGGUGGUUCUAUUUGGAAAGGUGAUUAUGGUGGUUCCAUUACUGUACAUGGUUACGAUGGUUCCAUGACGAUACAUGGUUGUGGUGGUUCUAUUUGGAAAGGUGAUUAUGGUGGUUCCAUUACUGUACAUGGUUACGAUGGUUCCAUGAGGAUACAUGGUUGUGGUGGUUCUAUUUGGAAAGGUGAUUAUGGUGGUUCCAUUACUGUACAUGGUUACGAUGGUUCCAUGAGGAUACAUGGUUGUGGUGGUUCUAUUUGGAAAGGUGAUUAUGGUGGUUCCAUUACUGUACAUGGUUACGAUGGUUCCAUGAGGAUACAUGGUUGUGGUGGUUCUAUUUGGAAACGUGGUUAUGGUGGUUCCAUUACUGUACAUGGUUACGAUGGUUCCAUGAGGAUACAUGGUUGUGGUGGUUCUAUUUGGAAAGGUGAUUAUGGUGGUUCCAUUACUGUACAUGGUUACGAUGGUUCCAUGAGGAUACAUGGUUGUGGUGGUUCUAUUUGGAAAGGUGAUUAUGGUGGUUCCAUUACUGUACAUGGUUACGAUGGUUCCAUGAGGAUACAUGGUUGUGGUGGUUCUAUUUGGAAAGGUGAUUAUGGUGGUUCCAUUACUGUACAUGGUUACGAUGGUUCCAUGAGGAUACAUGGUUGUGGUGGUUCUAUUUGGAAAGGUGAUUAUGGUGGUUCCAUUACUGUACAUGGUUACGAUGGUUCCAUGAGGAUACAUGGUUGUGGUGGUUCUAUUUGGAAACGUGGUUAUGGUGGUUCCAUUUUUCAUUUUUAUUUCUAGAACAUCUGACUCUCUUCAUAGAAUCAAGGUCCCUUCCAAAUCACCAUGAGCAGUUUUACUUUACACUUUCAAUGCUACUGAAACGAACCUGUCUUUUUAUUAACUUGGACUAUGCAGCUGACUGUGAGCCACCAUUGUAAGAUGUGGAUUGGUAGGAGGUGUGUGUGUGUGACUCAGACUGGGAGUGUAUGAGGAUGACAUCUGUAGUUGUCAGUGACUUUAUUAGUGAAUGCCAUCAGCUCAGCAGCCAUGUUUGUGGCCUUGUACAUUACAUUUCAAGCCACUUGUCAUACGGAAUUUAGGGCUACUUUCUGUAUUGGUGGGAAUAGUAAUACACCAUAUAUUAUUACUAGCUAUCUACAGCAUGUCACUGACAAUACGAGACUGAGCAGGGUCACAGGGGGAAGAUCUCAAUUGCAUACUCCGCGUCCUCUCUCCUUGUCUCCUUCUCAAAACCCAUUGGAUGAGAAAGCCAUAGGACCCUCACCUCUGACCUUCUCUUCCAAUGGGAUUUGAGGAGAGAGGACGCAAGGAGUAUGCAAUUGAGAUCUUCCCAGUGUCCCUCUGGAGAGGUGUGGUCAGAGGUCAGAGCUGGACCACUCAGGGACCUGCACUGAGCUUGCAUAACAACACCAGCAUGGGUUUACAGUCCAUGGGUCUCCAAAGCCCUGUAGGGCCUUACUGCGUCCAUUCCACCCAACCUGUCCUCAUAUAUCUUCAGCUGCUCGGUUUAUGACCAAUAAAAAUGGCCUUGCAUUUUAAGUGGGGGAAGUGUGGCCCUGAAUCAUUGUCUAACAGUGCGAAACAUUAACACGAUACUGUAUGGGAUCUUAGGAUUCAGUAGGGACUGUGUAUGGUGUUAAUCUUUAUAUACAGUACCAGUCAAAAUUUUGGACACCUAUUCAUUCAAGGGUUUUUCUUUAUUUUUACUAUUUUCUACAUUGUAGAAUAAUAGUGAAGACAUCAAACUAUGAAAUAACACAUGGAAUCAUGUAGUAGUCAAAGUGUUAAACAAAUCCAAAUAUAUUUUUUAUUUGAGAGCUUUCAAAAUUGCUACCCUUUGCCUUGAUGACAACUUUGCACACUCUUGGCAUUCUCUCAACCGGAUUCAUGAGGCAGUCACCUAGAAUGGAUUUCAAUUAACAUGUGUGCCUUGUUAAGUUUAUUUGUGGAAUUUCUUUCCUUAAUGCGUUUGCGCCAAUCAGUGACAAGGUAGCGUUGGUAUACAGAAGAUAGCCCUAUUUGGUAAAAUUCCAAGUCCAUAUUAUCGCAAGAACAGUUCAAAUAAGCAGAGAGAAACGACAGCCCAUCAUUACUUUAAGACAUUAAGGUCAGUCAAUCUGGAAAAUUUCAAGAACUUUGAAAGUUUCUUCAAAUGCUAUGAUGAAGCUGAUUCUCACGAGGACCGCCACAGGAAAGGAAGACCCAGAGUUCAAAUAAAAUCGUAUUUGUCACAUGCGCCGAAUACAAUAGGUAGUGAAAUGCUUACUACAAGCCCUUAACCAACAAUGCAGUUUUAAGAAAAGAAAAAAAAGGUAAAAGUAACAAAUAAUGAAAGACCAGCAGUAAAAUAAGAACAGCGAGGCUCUAUACAGAUGGUACCGGUACGGAGUCAAUGUGUGGGGGGGCACAGAUUAGUCGAGGUAAUAUGAACAUGUAGGUCGAGUUAUUAAAGUGCCUAUGCAUAGAUAAAAGAGAGUAGCAGCAGCGUUACCUCUGCUGCAGAGGUUAAGUUCAUUACCAGCCUCAGAAAUUGCAGCCCAAAUAAAAGCUUCACAGAGUUCAAGGAGAAUCAGGGCUUCAUGGUCGAAAUGCUGCAAAGAAACCACUACUAAAGGACACCAAUAAGAAGAGACUUGCUUGGGCCAAGAAACAUGACCAAUGAACAUUAGACCAGUGUAAAUUCUCGUUCCAACCGCCAUGUAUUUGUGAGACGCAGAGUAGGUGAAUGGAUGAUCUCUCAUAUGUGGUUCCCGACAUAAAGCAUGGAGGAGGAGGUGUGAUGGUGUGGGUGUGGUUUGCUGGUGACACUGAGUUAUUUAGAAUUCAAUGCUCACUUAACCAGCAUGGCUACCACAGCAUUCUGCAGCGAUACACCAUCCCAUCUGGUUUGGGCUUAGUGAGACUAUCAUUUGUUUUUGUCAACAGGACAAUGACCCAAAACCCACCUCCAGGUUGUGUAAGAGCUAUUUGACCAAUAAUUAGAGUGAUGGAGUGCUGCAUCAGAUGACUUGGUGUCCACAAUCACCCAACCUCAACCCAGUUGAGAUGGUUUGGGAUGAGUUGGACCGCAGAGUGAAGUGAAAGCAGGGAACUCUUUCAAGACUGUUGGAAAAGCAUUCCUCAUGAAGCUGGUUGAGAGAAUGCCCAGACUACAAAGCUGUCAUCAAGGCAAAGUGUGGCUACUUUUAAGAAUCUAAAAUAGAUUUGAAUUUUUUUUAAACACUUUUUUGGUUACCACAGGAUUUCAUAUGUGUCAUUUCAUAGUUUUGAUGUCUUAACUAUUAU